CAUUAUAACACUAUGAGGGUGUAGUCUUUGUAUGAUACAAGAACUAUAGGUUUCAUAGCAUUCUUUCUAUGUCACAAAACUACAGUUUCCACAAACCCUGUCUAUCCAACUAUCACUCUUUCCUUUUCCCAUUUUUUUUAAGUGUAGAGUAUCUUCCAAUAAAAAUUAUUUCCUGAGAAAUCUCUACCUUUUCCAUCCUUUAAUACAAGAUUUUCUUCUUUUUGGAUUAGUGGCAACUCCGUUAGCAUAAUAAUGAUAUUUAGUUUAAUGUAGAACUUUUGGCUUCUCUUAAGAUCAUAUAAAUCUUUAUCUUUCAAUUGCAAGGACUUAUUCAGACACUCCUUCUUUUAACUUUAAGAAAACAAAACAAAAAAAAACUGCAUGGAAGCAGAGAACCAUACAGCCAUAGUACAUUUCCUCCUUAUUGGUCUUUCAGAAGAUCCUAAAAUUCAAUCUGUUCUUUUUGGACUAUUCCUGUCCAUGUUCCUGAUUACCAUGCUUGGAAACUUUCUCAUUGUCUUAGUUACCAGCUGUGACUCCCACCUUCACACCCCCAUGUACUUUUUCCUCUGCAACCUGUCAUUUGUUGACAUUUGUUUAACCUCCACUACUAUCCCCAAAAUGCUGGUGAACAUUUACAUGCACACCAUGGAGAUAUCCUACACAGAGUGCCUUACUCAAGUAUAUUUUUUUAAUAAUUUUCUUGGAAUGGAUAAUUUUCUACUGACCAUUAUGGCCUAUGAUCGUUUUGUGGCCAUCUGUCAUCCACUUAACUACACAGUCAUCAUGAACCCUCGAAUCUGUGGCCUUAUGGUUCUUUUAUCUUGGUUUAUUAUGUUCUGGGUCUCCUUGACUCAUAUGUUAUUGAUGAAACAACUGAACUUCUCUACUAGCACUGAAAUCCCACAUUUCUUUUGUGAACUCACUGAGCUUCUCAGGGUGGCCCGCUCUGAUACCCACAUAAAUAACAUUUUUCUGUAUUUGGUUACUGCAUUGCUAGGUAUGUUUCCUGUCAUUGGGAUAGCUUUCUCUUAUUUUCACAUUGUCUCUGCUUUAAUGAAAAUGUCCUCCAUUAAGAAUAAGUAUAAAGCCUUUUCCACCUGUGGGUCUCACCUCUGUGUGGUAUCCAUGUUCUAUGGGACAGGAUUUGUAGUUCAUCUCAGUUCUGCUGUAGCCCAUUCAUCCAAGAGAAACACAAUCACUUCAAUAAUGUACACUGUUGUGACCCCUAUGUUAAACCCCUUCAUCUAUAGCUUGCGAAACAAGGAUGUAAAGGGGGCCUUGGUAAGACUCCUUAGAAUUAAAUUUUGAUGCAUCACUGAUACCAAAGGAAAGGUAAUUAUUGUGAAUACCAAUAUGCAAGGUCUUUUCCUCUCUGGAUCUUUGAAGUUCCUACUAUUCACAUUGUUUUGGUUUUGUACAUAUAUUAAUUGAUUUGUUCCUAAAUACCAAUUAUCUAUUUAAAAAAAUUUUCUUCAUAAACUUUAUGAAGAAAUAUAAAAGUUUGACAUAAAUCUUAAAGACAUUUCUGAUGUUUUGAAGUUUAUCUACAGAAUCUAUAUAGGAACUAAUCUGGUUUUCCUCAAAGUAUAUUGCUUAAGGGAAGGUGAGAUGGUUCAACAUGUAUGUAAAGAGCUUGCAACUCUUUUAAUAUAAACUCAAUAACUGAUAUUUGUGUAAAAGUGGAAUCAAAGAAUCAACUUCUCAAAGUUGUCUUUUGACCUUCACCUGCACCUUUUGGCAUGCAUAGGUUCACACACAUGUACACAUACAAUAAAAAUUUAUUUUUAUAAUUUAAAAUGAAAUUUUUUGAAUAUUACUAUUUUCAUCAUAGUUACUUGUAUUUGCAUCUUCUUAUGAAACAAUGUAAGGGAAAUCACUGCAGCAAUAUAGCUAUCACUGUAUCGGGAUACAGUAUUUUUCUUUCUUCUUUAAACAUUUGAAUCUACUCAUAUGGCAACAUUACCUUAAGAAUUUUUCUCUCUUUUAUGUAAUAUUUGAAAAUAAAGUACUAACUUGUAAUGGACAACUGGAACUGGAAAAUAAGUACAUGUUCAUAAGGCAUAUAGUCUCCCAAAUU